UCAGUAGGGCAGCGCGAGCCACGUGACCCGGGGGCGUAGACCGGGGAACGCUCCCGGAAACCGCUACGCGAGUUCUGAUUGUCUUUCGCCCGGGUCUGGUUCUCAAGCCCCGCACAUCCAGGGAGGCGGAGUUGGAGCUAGGCCCUUCGGCUCGGAGGUGGACGGACGCCGUGUACAGCGAAGAGCCGUGUGGAUCUGAGGCAGUCUGGUAGCCCCCGGCCGCCUGCGGACCCUGCAGUUCCGUCAUGGCGAGAUUCUGGGUCUGCCUGGCCGGCGCGGGCUUCUUUCUUGGAUUUCUGGUUUUGCAUUCGCGUUUGUGUGGCUCCCCGGUGUUAAGGAAAUUUGCUUUUCAAAUUUCCUGGAGAACCAAGGAAAUUCCUUACCGGCUGGAUGUGGGUUGGCCUAAGCAUUCAGAGUAUUUUACUGGAGCAACAUUUUGUGUUGCAAUUGACUCCCUCAGCGGAUUGGUUUACAUAGCUCAGAGAGGGGAUAACAUUCCAAAGGUAUUAGUGUUCACAGAGGAUGGAUAUUUCCUACGAUCCUGGAAUUACACAGUUGACACACCUCAUGGUAUAUUUGCAGCCAGUACACUACAUGAACAGUCUGUCUGGAUCACGGAUGUAGGAAGUGGAUCUUACGGUCAUACUAUUAAAAAAUACAAUUCCUUUGGUGAUCUUGUUCAAGUCUUGGGUACCCCAGGCAAAAAAGGCACCAGUUUGAAUCCCCUGCAAUUUGAUAAUCCUGCAGAAUUAUAUGUAGACGCCACAGGAGAUAUUUACAUUGUGGAUGGAGAUGGAGGAUUGAAUAACAGAUUGAUCAAAUUGUCCCAAGAUUUUAUGAUGCUUUGGCUACAUGGAGAACGUGGGACGGGGCCUGCUAAGUUCAACAUACCUCACAGUGUUACUCUUGAUUCAUCUGGUCGGGUGUGGGUUGCUGACCGAGGAAAUAAAAGAAUUCAAGUAUUUGAUAAAGACACCGGGGAGUGGUUAGGAGCAUGGGAUAAUUGUUUCACAGAAGAGGGACCUUCUUCAGUCAGAUUUACUCCUGAUGGAAAGUACGUGAUUGUAGCCCAGCUGAACCUUAGCAGGCUCUUACUGGCAGCGGCGCCUCCAGUGGGAAGCAUUGGCAACUGUUCUGUGAUCAGCACAAUCCAACUAGCAGAUCAGGUUCUACCGCAUCUCUUAGAUGUCAGUGGAAAGACAGGAGCAAUCUAUGUAGCAGAAAUUGGAGCAAAGCAAGUACAAAAAUACGUCCCUAUGAACAGCUACUUUCCUUCAUUCGGUUCAUAAUGUUUCCUUUUGUGGAGAGUUCAGAUUCUCAAAUUCAUUGUGAAAUCCUUACAAAUAAUGUUCAAGCAUAAGAAUGUGUUUCUUUAUUUUUCUGUGACCUGGCGAGAAAAAUUUGUUUUUAUAUCAUGUUGCUCUUUUUGUGACUUGGUUUUACUUGUAAGUGCAUAAGGAUGUUUUAACGAAGGAAACGUAACACUAAAAAAAUGAGGUAGAAAAGAAGGACUAAGGUUGUAACCUGGGUAUUUGCCCUGGGAGACUAAUUUUCCCUGAGGGGAAGAGGGAAAGGAAUAAAAAUGGGUUUUGCAGGAUACAUUGAAUUUCAUGUGAAGAACUGCAGACCUCAAAUUUGUUGACCUUAUACAAAAUGUACAUUUUGAGAGAUCGAGUCAGAUGGGUUCUUGAUUAACAGGGACCCACAGGAUGCUAGCUCCUACAGAUUCAGAGAUGAAGCUGCUUCACAGAUGAAGCUGUGUGCCUUUUCUGGAGCUUGUAGUCCGGUGGGGAGACAAGUGUGCAAACUGUUGUAACAGUGACAGCAAGGCUUAAGUGUAGGAGGACUUUUGGGAGUAGGAACAUUACUUCUGACUGAGGAAAUCCUGGAGAUUUUGCGAGGAAAGUCCAUUUGAGCUCCAACUUCAAAAACUGAAGAGGGGAAAACAACGUGGGCCAAGUGGAGGAGUUGUAAAAAGUUACAGACUUGCUGGGAGCUUUGAUAGGCUUUCUUUUAAAAGCCCAUCUUGGCUUGGGUCCUUUAACUGUGAGAUACUUAAUCUCAACCUCUUAAUGUCGGAAUAAAACAACAGGCGUUUAAGCACUUUACUGAAAGGGAUCUUUACAAGUAUUUACUGCAAUUUUUUUUUUUAAUUAAAGGUAGCAUUAAAAAUAGGGUCUGUCUUCAGUGCCUCUUCCUAUUUCUCUUUUUCUUUCUCUUUUUUUCCCUUCUUUUCUUUCUUCUUUUUGUUAAACAUGUACUCAGUUCAUUCCUGACAUCUGUCUACCUCAAAGAAGUUUUGGAAUUAUUUAUAUGGGGAUGUGCACUGAAUACUUCGCACUAUUAAGGUGAAUAAUAUCUUACCUUUCUGCCCCUUUGGUUUUAAUAUUUGCUUCCCAGCGAAGACCAUCUUUUCAGUUUUUUUUCUCAUUUUUUCUCAGUUUUGGUUGAACCUAGCCAUAUGAUAUUCUUUUGGGUCAUUCCUCCCCGUGUCUUAUAUCCAUCUCCCUUUUUAUCCUGUUCUUGCACUGCAAGCCAUAAAGCAUGUGAGAAAUCCUGAGCUGCCUUUCUCAUCACUCAUUAUGGCUGCUGUCUGUUUUGCAGACUGCAGGAAAUUCACUGUUUAGAUGCUUGGAUCAUAUCUUGAUGCAAUUAGGAAGGUAAAUCAGCCAACAGGAAACUUUUCCAUGUUCCAAGGCCUUUGAUAAGUAUGUUUGUGCCACUGAUCAAGCUGUGUGAUCUUAAAUGAGUCAUCUUAGUUUUUCUCUUUAGUAAAAAUUCCUCCUCCAAUAAUGCUGUUAGGAUCAGAUGUACAACAGACACAAAUGUGCCCUCUGAAAUAUAUAGCUUUGAGUACUUCAGAGUACUUUGAGUACUCUGAAAUACAGAUUAUAUAUAUACUCCAAAAUAUAGCUUCAAAAUUCUUAACAAAGUUCCUUCUAAAUGUGCCAUUUACCUGAUACCAACUAUCAAGUCUGCCUGAAUUUUGUGUUUAUUGGUUUUUUCCAGAAUUUAUUCUCCUGAACUUUAUGCAGCUUAACCAAUAUAGUAAAUUUAUUUGUAUAAAAGAAAGUGAUUUGAGGGUUUUGUUUUGUUUUGUCUUUAAGCGAGGACGAGAAAUCCAAAUGUCUCUUAGGAAUGCAGGUUAGGUAAGCUGAUCUUAUCCUUUUAAAAAUGUUAUAUUUAACCAUGUUUUAUACUGGUGUCCUAUAAAACUUGCUGAAAAUUUUGUUGCCAUAUGUCUUGCUAGAACUGUCUAUCAGUAUUCCUGUAAUCAUAGUAUUUCACUUUUUUCCUUUGGAUUAAUUGACUAAAUGAGAAAAUGUCUUCUCUUGUCGUUUAAAAGAUAACAAAUUAAAUUUUUGGAAAGAAAAGACAAUA